AUGCUGGAGGACGUGCAGUUGCUAGGGCAGGUGCUACCCGUCUUUCGGCAGGCGUGCGAGAUCCUGGCUGAAGAGCACAGCGCGACCGAGCUCAGGAAGUUCUACUGGCAUGUGAGCGCUUUUGCCAUCACUCUCUCGAAUCUUUAUGACGACGAGCCCGACGCCUUCUGUGCAAGCUUGUCCGACACCCGCAUGGCCAGGCUUCUUCUUCGGUCCCUUGACCGCGUUGUCGACCUGAGCGAGGCGCCACCGCGCGAUGACGCCGCCGUCGAUGACGCCGCCACAGGCCGCAAUCCCACCACUGGUGACCUUGACGGCCUGCACGCCUUAAUGCAGGCCUGGACCACCGACACGGGUAGCGGGGACUUGGACAGAACAUCUUUCGCGCUGUGGCGUCUCGACUUUGGCUCUCAACAACGCCGCGAUGAUUUGAUCAGCCAGCUCAAGGCGGCUGAAGAGAUAUGUCAGGCAAGUCAGAGGGCUGGCAAGUCAAAUGUUGACGUGGAGGACGACAUCGCCAGCAAAAAGAGAAGCAUGCCGCCGCUUCACAUAUGGCCUCUGGCUCGGUCAGUCUACGCGGCGCUCGACUCGUCCAAGACCGACAUGUGUGAUACCUGCAAGGUGCCCCAUGGAUACGGCGCGAGACUGUGCAUCGAGACGUACCGAGCCCAUGGCUACGCCGAGGAGUGUGACUUCAACAUGUUUCUUGGCCUGGACCAGCUGUGGCAUGAAGCACGCAUCCGGUCUAUGACCAAGUCCAUGGUCAGGUUCGCCAUCGAUGAGGCCAGCAGCGCGGAGGAUACUGGAUCGCAACGGGCGGCAAACGGCACCGCCCGCCGUGGCAGGAUCGAAACAAAAGUAAAAUACUUGUGUCGCCAGAUCAAGGACUCCAAGACACGCUGGAUGUACCGGCUGAACUUUGAGCUCAGGAACAACGAGCUUUGGAAGAUACCAUCCGAGCCGAGCAAGUUCCAGAUCGACAAGUCAGAGGAGGCCGUCACGCUGUCGCAUUUCAUAACGGAACGGCCCCACGUUCUCAACGACAAGACAAAACGGAUCCUAGCCGUACUUUUGGGGUAUGCUGUGCUCCAUGUCUACGGUACAGGCUGGAUCCAGCCCACUCUGUGCUCCGACGACAUCUUGUUCUUCAAGGCCAACGGAGGAGUUCCCUUGAAACCAUAUCUACAGAUUCGACCGGGCCCUGUGAAAUCGCAAUCGUGUCCCGAGGCUGAGAGAAGCGAACCAGACCCUGACGACGAUUUAUUCUAUCAUCCUUACCCUUGUUUGGUCAACUUGGCCCUCAUGCUCAUGGAGCUGCAUCAGGCAAGGCCUUUGGAGGUCAUCGCCUGGGAGCAUCGCUUGACGGUAUUCCCUGACAUGAGCGACGAAGAAAGGUUCUUGGUCGCCGGGCAAAUUUUUGACACCUGCAAACAUGACUUCCAAGAUCAGACAAGGAUGGCCAUUGAUGCCUGUUUGGACGUGACCAUCGGCGUCGAUGGGGAUGAUGAUGAGCCGGACGAGGACAGCCUGCGAUGUGCCAUCUACCAGAAUAUUGUUCGAAGACUGGAAGAUGAAUUGGAGCAAGGCUACAGCUAUAUCUCUGUCGAUGGCCUUGACACCCUUGCACAGACGCUAGACUUGACAAACCACGGGAGGCCAAUCCAGUCUGAGCCACAGCCAGUGCGAUCAAGAUCACCUCGGAUAAGAACACGGUCGUUUACAUCCUCUAGGAGGUCUUGGAGCAACGAAAGUGAGGAGACCGGGCGCCGCGUACGCCAUAGGAUGUCGUCCUCGGGCUGGUUGUGGCCACUUGAGGAGGCGUGGGCGUGUGCUCCGCCCAGACUCAGCUUCUUUGACGACCAAGAAAACCCUGAUCUGGCGUCGACGGCGAGGAGAAAGGCCUACAUAUCCUGGAAGGAGAGUGUUCGUGAUGUGUACAAGAGGUUCUUGCCCGAAGCUGCGACAAGGCGCCGUGUCACGAUUGCCGUUCUAGACAGUGGACUUGACCUCGACCAUCCCGUUUACUCUUGCAACAAUAGGAUCAAGGCGGCGGUAUCGUACGUAGAUGGCGAUCGAAACAACGCCUGCGACCUGAGCGGCCACGGCACUCACGUCACGAGUCUGCUGCUCGACUACGCGCCAGAAGCCGACAUAUACGUCAUCAAGAUUGCCAACAACGACCCGGUACCAUCGUCAAACAUAGCUGUGGCUAUCAACGAUGUGGUGAGGCAACGGAAACCCGACAUCAUCUCCAUGUCUUUUGGGUGGCCAGCUCGAGACAGUGGGUAUAGCCGGUUUGAAGACGCCCUCAAAAACGCUCGAUUCCACGACGUCCUCAUCUUCGCUGCCGCAUCCAACGACGGUGCCAACGCGAAGCGAGCCUGGCCGGCCAGACAUCGAGACGUCAUAUGCGUCCAUGCCACUGCCACAGAUGGGACGCCGUCCCCUUUCAACCCAAGCCCAAUAGUAGGAGACAAUUUCGCCACGGUGGGCGAGGCUACAGAAGGGGCCUGGCCUCUGGGCCUCUGCGAUACGACGGGUAGCCAGAGCUGCCCCCUCGCCUACAAGUCGGGGACGUCGUACGCGACUCCCAUACUAGCAGGAAUCGCUGCGUUUCUGCUGCAGUACGCCCGAGAGAACCUUCCAGCCAGGGAAGCCGCCAGGUUGAAGCAGCUCGACGGCAUGGCCACUGUCUUAAGGCGGAUAUCGGUGGUCAAGCAGAGCUACAACUACAUCGCCCCACGCUUACAUCCCGACAACUUCUUCGGCAAGGGUGACGGAUACUUGAAGACAAACCUUAAAGAGGCCCUGUCAUGA